GUCAAUGAGUGUCAUAAAAACAACUUAACCUUAUUUUUAUUUUAUGUUUUCAUUGUUGUGGUGUAAAUAAUUGAGUGAAUCUUAGACAAGUUAUUGUAUAAUUGUGGAUAAAUUGUUUAGUUAAAUAUGAGUGUCAGUGCUGUUUCUGCAGCUUCUACACAUAGUGAAGUAGAGGAAGCUGAAGAAUGUGGACCACAGCCUGUUGCAAGAUUAGAGGGCAAUGGCAUUACAUCAGGAGAUAUUAAAAAGCUUGAAGAAGGUGGAUAUCACACAAUUGAAUCAGUAGCUUUUGCACCCAAAAAGCAUUUAAUUACUCUCAAGGGCAUUUCAGAAGCAAAAGCUGAUAAAAUACUAGCAGAAGCUGCUAAGUUAGUCCCUAUGGGAUUCACAACAGCUACUGAAUUUCAUCAGAAACGGUCUGAGAUUAUACAGUUGACUACAGGAUCGAAAGAACUAAAUAGACUUUUAGGUGGUGGCAUAGAAACAGGCUCCAUAACAGAGAUAUUUGGUGAAUUUAGAACUGGGAAGACACAAAUCUGCCACACUCUGGCAGUUACAUGUCAGUUACCUAUUGAAAGUGGAGGCGGAGAAGGUAAAUGUUUAUAUAUAGACACAGAAGGUACGUUUCGUCCAGAAAGACUACUAGCAGUGGCAGAACGUUAUCAAAUGAAUGGACAGGAUGUUCUUGACAAUGUAGCUUAUGCAAGAGCUUACAAUACAGACCAUCAGACACAAUUACUUCUUCAGGCUGCUGCUAUGAUGGCUGAAUCCAGAUAUGCAUUAUUGAUUGUGGAUAGCGCUAUGGCUCUUUACAGAACAGACUACUCUGGGAGAGCUGAACUGUCUGCUAGGCAGAUGCAUUUAGCCAGAUUUCUCAGGAUGUUAUUACGAUUAGCCGAUGAGUUUGGCGUCGCAGUGGUUAUCACCAACCAAGUAGUAGCUCAAGUAGACGGUGCAGCAAUGUUUAAUGCAGACCCCAAGAAGCCCAUCGGGGGUAAUAUCAUGGCACAUGCUUCCACUACAAGACUGUAUUUAAGGAAAGGAAGAGGAGAAACACGCAUGUGUAAAAUCUAUGACUCGCCCUGUUUACCAGAAUCAGAAGCUAUGUUUGCGAUAAAUCCAGACGGAAUUGGAGAUGCUAAAGAAUAGGAUUGUUUCGUUAUAUUAAUUGAUUGAAUAUUGUUCAAAAUAUGUUAAUGCAAUUAUAUGAUUCCUAAGAAUACUGCGCCUCGAUUAAGUUUAAAUUUUAGAAUACUUUUUUAAAUUUUCUGUUAGAAUAAAUAUUUUUAAAACUAA